UACUGGCAGCUCCUCCCGCCGCUGACGGGCUGCGGCUGCGCGCUGCAGUUCGGCGCGCGCUUUUCAACCGCCAUGAGCCUCUGGGCUGACAAGUACCGGCCCGGCUCCCUCGGCCGGCUGGACUACCACCGCGAGCAGGCUGCGCAGCUCCGCAACCUGGUUCAGUGUGGUGACUUCCCUCAUCUGCUGGUAUAUGGACCUUCAGGAGCUGGAAAAAAGACAAGAAUAAUGUGUUUGUUAAGGGAAUUAUAUGGUGCAGGAGUGGAAAAACUGAGGAUUGAGCAUCAGAGUAUAACGGCACCUUCUAAAAAGAAAAUUGAAAUUAGCACCAUUGCAAGUAAUUAUCACCUUGAAGUUAACCCAAGUGAUGCAGGAAACAAUGACCGUGUAGUAAUUCAGGAGCUCUUGAAGACAGUAGCACAGUCCCAACAGCUUGAGACAAGUACUCAACGAGACUUUAAAGUGGUGCUGUUAACAGAAGUGGACAAACUCACUAAAGAUGCUCAGCAUGCUUUGCGAAGAACAAUGGAGAAGUACAUGGCGACGUGCAGGUUGAUCUUGUGCUGCAACUCCAUGUCAAAAAUUAUAGGACCUAUUCAAAGCCGGUGCCUGGCUGUACGAGUGCCUGCUCCCAGCAUUGAAGAUAUCUGUCACGUCUUGUCCAGUGUGUGUAAGAAAGAAGGCCUGACUCUUCCUCAGGAAUUGGCUCAAAGGCUUGCAGAGAAAUCUGGCAGAAAUCUUCGUAAAGCACUGCUUAUGUGUGAGUCCUGCAGAGUACAACAGUAUCCUUUUACUGCUGAUCAAGACAUUCCUGAGAUGGACUGGGAAGUUUAUUUGAGAGAAACUGCAAAUGCUAUUGUCAGUGAACAGACACCACAAAAGCUUUUAGAGGUCCGUGGACGGCUUUAUGAACUCCUGACACACUGUAUUCCUCCUGAGAUUAUAAUGAAGGGCCUCCUGACAGAACUUCUAAAUAACUGUGAUGGGCAACUGAAAGGAGAAGUUGCACAGAUGGCAGCCUUCUAUGAACACCGCCUGCAACUGGGCAGCAAAGCCAUUUAUCAUCUGGAAGCAUUUGUUGCAAAGUUUAUGGCAAUUUACAAGAAGUUUAUGGAGGAUGGACUGGAUGACAUGAUUUUCUAACUCUGAUGCCCAAAGUUGUACACAGAAUGUUGUGUCAUGAUGCCAACGUUGUAAAUGUCUGCUUGUCCAUGCUUGAUUGCUUGUGGGUCUACUUCAAAAUCAAAUACUUUAUUUUGCUAUUAAUAGUAAACUAAAGAAUGGUAUUUGUUCAGGUUUAGAAAUGAGAUGGCUUGUUUGACAACCACAACUCUGUCUUUAGAUCCAUACAAAAAUACAUUAGCUUUUCAGAAAGAAAACGAGUUGCCUUGUAAGAAGUAUAAGAUCAUAGUCACUUUGCAUUAUUUUUAAGCUGACAUUAAACAGAGAACAUGGCUGCUGCAUGCUUGCCUUUUGAUUGUUCCUGGGCAAGGCUGUAAGGAAAAGAUGGUUGUUCCAGUGUGAGCAUCUAUGUUCUGCCUGCCGAUUUGUGUAUCUCACUGGCUGCUUUUAUUUUAGCCACAAUGUUUUCUGACUUUUGUUUGUAAGCAAUUGCAUUGAAACUGUGGAUGAGAAAUACUUUUGUGUUGCUUGUAAACCAGUUUGGCAACACGGACAAUUUGUUUAGAAGGAAUAUACCUGUAUAAAGCAAGUCCACUUGCUGUCUGACACUUUCAUGUUUACCUCAACAUACAUUAUGCUGUUGAGGUAAAGAUUAUUCCUUUGCCUGUGGUUUAGCAAGUGUAACAUUUCAACUUUUAACAAAUACUCUCACCUGUUAAAUUGAUGAGACACUUCAAAAAUGGCAAUACAUCGUAAAAAUAUGAACAACUGAAAUGUUCAGUUAGUGUUUUAUACUAUUUGUGAGUAUCCAUACCCUCCCCCAGGGUAAGACUAAAGGCUGCCACUGAAGUUUAAAGGAAAAAAAACAAUAAACACAAAAAAACCCAGCACCCCACAACCCCUCAAAAUAAUAAAAAAGUCUCAACCAACACCGUCUAUGCUACUUCAUAUUGCAAGUCUUUCAUGUGUUAUGUCUAUGUGCUGUAAUACCCUAAAAAUGACUGAAUGCAUGCCCUUUGUGACUUUGCUCUGAUAAUUUAGGCUAUUACUAGAUAGUAUUUAAAGAGAAAGUGAAUUAAAUAUUUUCCUGUUCUCUUC